AUGGCACCUGGGCUGUUGGCUCCUGUUUGCCAGAUCUUGGCCACAAAGAAGAACCUGCAGGAAAGUGCAUCCAAACCACAGUCGCACCGCUGCAAGGAUUGUGGGAAAUCCUUUGCAGGGACACGCAACAUCCUCAGACACCAGCGGCAUCAUUGCAGCGUGUUGGUCCGAACGCCAAUCCACUCAGAAGAGACGCAGAAGGAGACGUUUCCAUGCAGCAAAUGCAGCCGGUCGUUUCGGACUAAACAACACUUGGGGCUUCAUGAGAGAGCUCACAAAAAAAAACAAGAAGGAAAAGAGGCUCCGCGAGAAAGAUGUCACAGCUGCUCACAGUGCAACAAGAGCUUCUACUUGCUGCAAACUCUGCGGCAGCACCUACUCACGCACACCGGAGAGAAAUCCUUCUGCUGCACCGUCUGUGGGAAGCAGUUUGGGAGAGAAGGAACUCUGAGGGAGCACCAGCUGAUCCACACCCGCGAGAAAACGUUCACAUGUGAGCAGUGCGGCAAGACGUUCGCCAGAAGAGGAGAUCUCAGAAAACACAUGGUCAGUCACUCUGACGAGAGACCGUUCAGCUGCAGCUUCUGCACCAAGAGCUUCAAACUCGUGUCCAAACUCAAGCAGCACGAGCGUCUCCACACAGGGGAGAAGCCGUACCAGUGCUCGCUGUGUUCGAAGAGAUUCCGAAUCCAUGUAUCGCUGGCGGUGCACCACCUCACACAUACAGGAGAGAAACCCUUCAAGUGCAACAUGUGUACAAAGGCCUUCAGCGACCGGAACAACUUGAGGAAACACCAGAUGAUUCACUCUGGAGAGAAGCCGUACAGCUGCUCGUACUGCGGCAAGAGCUGCCGCCUCCUGCAGCACCUGAUCAUCCACCAGCGCUGCCACACGGGUGAGAAACCAUUCACGUGCGAGCAGUGCGGGAAAGGAUACGCCCGUCUCUCCACUCUGAAAACGCACCAGUCCAUCCACGUGGACAAACCGCUGCGCUGCUCCCUGUGCGGGCAGGAAUUCAAGGGUCUACCGGAGCUGACUGAUCACGUGUGCAAGGAGACGGCCGAGAAGCCGCACCGCUGCUCGCAGUGCGGCAAGUGCUUCACCCAGGCCGUGAACCUGAAGAAGCACCAGCUGAUCCACUCUGGACAGAAACCGUAUGACUGCAAACAGUGUGGGAAGCAGUUCAACCACAGGAGCAACCUCACGAAACACAUGCGCAUCCACACAGGAGAGAGGCCGUUCAAGUGUGAGCUCUGUGGGCGGAGCUUCAGGCUCCUGCAGCAUCUCACUAACCACCUGACGACUCACAACAAGAAGCAGACGCACCAAGAGACCUCGUGACGGCAGCAGGUGCUGCUGCUGCGUGAUCAACCGUCUCCAGCUCAUCACAUCCAGUCUGUGGACGUCCCUCAGUG